AUGGAAUUCAGAGACUUGGUGGUUUUCAACAAAGCUUUGCUAGCAAAAAGAAUUUGGCAACUCUUCCAAAAUCCUAACUCCUUGGCUGCAUGGAUUCUCAAGGCCAAAUACUAUGCUCAUAGUUCGGUGUUGGAAGCUAUGGUUGGAAAACGACCAUCCUUUGCAUGGGGGAGUAUUAUUUUAUCUCAAGCAGUGAUUCGGAAUGUGCUAGUUUGGAGGGUGGGGAAUGUGAGAGACAUCCGAGUGUGGGGUGAUAGGUGGCUCCCAACCCCGACUACAUUCGCAGUGCAGUCACCUUGUUGUAUUAUUGAUAAGGAUGCAUGGAUUGUAGACCUCAUUAAUCAAAGCACAAAAAGGUGGAAGCUUACCCUUAUUUCGAAUAUUUUCAACAAGGAAGAAGCUCGGGCUAUUAGCAAUAUCCCAUUAAGUCCUCUUCAGCCUUUGGAUAAAUUAAUAUGGCAAUCUUGUAAUAACCUCCUCCCUACAAAAACAAAUUUAUUUCGCAGGAGGGUAGUUCCAAACAAAUCAUGCCCUAUUUGUGACAUAGAUGAGGAGACUAUUGAACACAUUUUAUGGAGCUGUCCUUCGGCGAAAGAUGUGUGGGGAAAUGGCACGACAAAGAUUCAAAAAGGGGACUAUGUGGGAAGGGAGUCCAUGCAAAUUUUUGAAAUGCUGUUGGACAUGUGCGAAAUAACCGACGUAGAGCUGUUUACAGUCGUGGCUCAGAAGAUUUGGUUCUGCCGAAAUGCUGUGGUACACGGGGAAGUUUUCUCUCAUCCAAACCAAGUGAUCAGUGAGGCUAGGGAAUCCCUUGGUAAUUUUCAACGACAGAAUUUGCAGGAUGCUGAGGGAGUGGAGCUUCCCCAAGCACGACAACUAAUUCAAUGGCAGCCGCCACCCUACAACACGAUCAAGUUUAACUGGGAUGCUGAGGUGGAAAAAAAUGCGGACAUAUAG